UGACCAUCAAUCUCUCUCGACGUGAAAUACAUAUUCAAUUAGCGUAGCUGGAAAUUGAAACCUAAUGUCCGACGGUGUGAAUUCUCCCUUGACCUCGAUUGGGCUUCUUACCCUCGUGUUCUCCACAGACGCGUUCCUGACUUGCGCAGUGAAAGGUACUAGCCCGCAGUAGUUGCGUACCGGGUUACACAGCCAAUACAUACGAUAUAUUACAGGAUUGCAUUGGCAGGAGGAAGAGGACAAUAACGAGAUCAGAUGCAACAGAAGAUGGCGCGAUGUUGCGGCCUUGGAACACUGGGAAAUGCACCUUCCAGGGCAAAUAUAGGAUGGCCAGUGGUCGUGAAGGUCAAGACUUGACCCCACUAGCAAUUGUGGUUUUCAUUGGCACAUGUGCCAUCAUACUUCGGUUGGGAGGUUUUUGUUCCCCCUCUUCUCUGGGCAGAGAGACCUGUAAAUAUGCUGGUAAGAGUAGCACAACCUGGGGGGUUGGGUGAGG